UCAGAAAUUAAAGCUGCUUUUGAACUAUUUGACAAGGAUGGAAGUGGCUUUAUAGAUUCUGCUGAACUUAAAGCAGUUCUCCAUUCACUGAAGCAGAACCCUACUGACGCAGAUGUGCAGGCGAUGAUUGACGAACUGGACACAAACAAAAAUGGACAAAUAGAUUAUGCAGAAUUCGAGAAAUACAUGGCUGGUAAAUUCAAAGACCCAAACGAGGUCGAAGAUGAAAUGCAAGCGGCAUUCAAAGUUUUUGAUAAAGACGGGAGUGGAAAGAUUGACGCGGAAGAAUUGAAAACUGCCAUGAUGAAUUUAGGAGAAAGAAUGUCAGACAAGGAUGUGAAUGAAAUGAUUGCAGCGGCGGAUCUAGAUUCUGACGGGAAGGUAGACUAUAAAGAAUUCGUUAAAAUUAUGAUGAAAUAGAACAUUCCUACCAAAAGUAUACAGAGGCAGCUAAGAAACAAGGAAAGAUCCGUUCAUUACAAACAAUGGGUAUUUUAUGAUUUAUUGAACAAUGGGUAAAAUAUGUUGUGGUUCUAUAUACUUUAAAAGAAAGUUUGAUCCAACAAAAUAAUAAAAAAUGUUGUUUACAAUGUAAUUCAUGACUACAUAAAUACAGAAACCGUUUCAGUAUGUAUACUACGCACUUUAUAAACAUAGCAAUCUUUGCAAUACUUCAUGC